ACCCAGAGCUGUCGUCCAGGCAGUUUGGGGUGGAGGUGUCCCGUCUGACCAACGAGGAGAGGACAGUGCCCCUGGUGGUUGAGAAGCUCAUCAACUACAUUGAGAUGCACGGCCUCUACACCGAGGGCAUCUACAGGAAGUCUGGCUCCACCAAUAAGAUCAAAGAGCUCAAGCAGGGACUGGACACAGACGUGAACAACAUGAACCUGGAUGACUACAACAUCCACGUUAUCGCUAGUGUCUUCAAGCAGUGGCUCCGGACUUACCCAAUCCACUGAUGACCUUUGAACUAUACGAGGAGUUCCUCCGCGCCAUGUGCCUGCAGGACAAGAAGGAGGUGAUUCGAGGGGUCUACUCUAUUAUCGACCAGCUCAGUAGAACUCACCUCAACACUCUGGAACGGCUCUUCUUCCACCUAGUUAGGAUCGCAGGGCAGGAGGACACCAACCGUAUGUCAGCCAACGCCAUAGCCAUCGUCUUCGCCCCCUGCAUCCUCCGCUGCCCCGACACCAUCGACCCCCUGCAGAGUGUCCAGGACAUCGGCAAGACCACAGCGUGUGUGGAGCUCAUCAUUGGAGAGCAGAUGAAUAAGUACUGCGCCCGGCUAAAGGACAUCAACAGUCUGGAGUUUGCCGAGAACAAAGCCAAGUGCAGAUUGACCCUCAUUCGGAGAUCAAUGAAACCUGUACUAAUUGCUGUUAGAUUUAUGACCAUAUCCCGCAGUACUGUCCCGCCAAACGCAGCCAAAAAGGGCAAGGGCCACGUACGGCGGUUCAGCUACCACACGCCCUCGCCCCCGGUUAGCCCACGCCUGCCGUCCGUGACGGCUGCAGUGACGCAGGAGAGCGGCGGUGAGGAGGUGGGGGCGGGGAAGGAGCCUGAGGUAUCGGAGCACCAGCAGUUGGCCAUGCAGCAGGAGGAGAGGGUGCUGACGGAGCAGAUCGAGAGCCUGCAGAAAGAGAAGGAGGAGCUGACCUUUGAGAUGCUGACUUUGGAGCAGCGAGCAUCAGACGAUGAGACCCUGGAGUCGGAGGCGUCCAUCGGCACGGCCGACAGCUCUGAGAACCUCAACAUGGACUCUGAAGGAGCCACCUCCGACUUCUCCGGUCCCUCAGAGAGAGAACCCACGCUGGCCCCCGUCGCGCGAACCAAGAGGUCAGAGGGGAAGAGCCACCGACGCCGCAACCUACGCAGGCAACCAGACUCCCAGGACUCAGUGGACUCCUGUUCUACUAUCUCCUCCCUCUCUUCCUCCUCCCACUUCCACCCGUCCUCUUCCUCCUCUGUGGCCACAGCUCGCCACUUUCGCUACCGCUCAAAGUCGCCCUCUUCUGGCUCUGGCUCUGCCCAGGGCUUGUACCCGCCCCAGCCUCCCCACCGCGACAUCUUGGACUGUCCCCCCCCGGCCAAACAGGAGGGGGCAUUCGAAGAGAGGUCACAGUUCACCAGCCGAGGCACCUUCAAUCCGGAAAAGGGCAAACAGAAACUGAAAGGAUCCAAGAACUCACCCUUGAGGCACUCCCAUGACAGUGGGGGCCGCAGCAGGGAUCCGCCUGACUUACCCCAGCAGCGGGUUUUGUAUGGCAGCAAUGAGUUCAUGGUAUGAAGGACAGUGGGAACACCUCCUUCGUCACAGCCCACUCUCCCUAAGAGCAUGCGAUCUGACCCCCUUCCUCAAACACUCCAGCUCACCCUUUCUCAGUCCACAUCCGCAACGAUGCAGAACUGUCCCCCCAAGUGCCAUGUACACACUGUGUGUCCACCUCAAAGAGACAGGAGAGGGACAGGCUGGGAGUGGGAGAGGAGGAACCAGUAGAAGGUUGAUCUCCUGUGGCUUUAACUGCCAACCGCACUCCCCAUGGUCCCUCUGCAGGUCUGGGCCUCCCUCAGCCCAGGGGAGAGGAGACGUGUGGAGCAGGAAGGCAGAGAAAAGGGAAUGCUGGGACACUGGGAGAGGACUACUCAGCAUCCGGGAGAUCUCCCGAGCAGACGUCCCAAUGCAAACUAGGAGGUGGAACGAGGCUAGAAGAUGGGAAGAAAAAAUAAUUAAAAACCUACCGAGCCAUUGACUGUGCCGCCGUGUCCAUGAACUUGAGAUCUCAAUCAUUGGCUGCUUUAAAGUUUACAGUUAAAAACAAUCAAUGUAAACAGUGGUUCCUCUAUUAUUACAAAUGUAUUUUUCCCUUAAGCCUAUUUAAUAAAUGUUUAAUUUCAUGGAAA